AUGCUGAUUCUCCCUUAUUUUUGUCCACACUUCUUUGUCGCCGUGGCACCCACUGCCAGGGUUAACGAGGCACCCACCGCCAGGGUUAACGAGGUACCCACUGCCAGGGUUAACGAGGCACCCACCGCCAGGGUUAACGAGGUACCCACCGCCAGGGUUAACGAGGCACCCACCGCCAGGGUUAACGAGGCACCCACCGCCAGGGUUAACGAGGUACCCACCGCCAGGGUUAACGUGGCACCCACCGCCAGGGUUAACGUGGCACCCACCGCCAGGGUUAACGAGGCACCCACCGCCAGGGUUAACGUGGCACCCACCGCCAGGGUUAACGAGGCACCCACCGCCAGGGUUAACGAGGCACCCACUGCCAGGGUUAACGAGGUACCCACUGCCAGGGUUAACGAGGCACCCACUGCCAGGGUUAACGAGGCACCCACCGCCAGGGUUAACGUGGCACCCACUGCCAGGGUUAACGAGGCACCCACCGCCAGGGUUAACGUGGCACCCACUGCCAGGGUUAACGAGGUACCCACUGCCAGGGUUAACGAGGCACCCACCGCCAGGGUUAACGAGGUACCCACUGCCAGGGUUAACGAGGCACCCACCGCCAGGGUUAACGUGGCACCCACCGCCAGGGUUAACGAGGCACCCACUGCCAGGGUUAACGAGGUACCCACCGCCAGGGUUAACGAGGUACCCACUGCCAGGGUUAACGAGGCACCCACCGCCAGGGUUAACGAGGCACCCACCGCCAGGGUUAACGAGGUACCCACUGCCAGGGUUAACGAGGUACCCACUGCCAGGGUUAACGAGGCACCCACCGCCAGGGUUAACGAGGUACCCACUGCCAGGGUUAACGAGGCACCCACCGCCAGGGUUAACGUGGCACCCACCGCCAGGGUUAACGAGGCACCCACCGCCAGGGUUAACGAGGCACCCACUGCCAGGGUUAACGAGGUACCCACCGCCAGGGUUAACGAGGUACCCACUGCCAGGGUUAACGAGGCACCCACCGCCAGGGUUAACGAGGCACCCACCGCCAGGGUUAACGAGGCACCCACUGCCAGGGUUAACGAGGUACCCACCGCCAGGGUUAACGAGGCACCCACCGCCAGGGUUAACGAGGCACCCACCGCCAGGGUUAACAAGGCACCGACCGCCAAAGUUAACGAGGCACCCACCGCCAGUGUUAACGUGGCACCCACCGCCAGGGUUAACGAGGCACCCACCGCCAAAGUUAACGAGACACCCACCGCCAAAGUUAACGAGGCACCCACCGCCAAAGUUAACAAGGCACCCACCGCCAAAGUUAACAAGGCACCCACCGCCAAAGUUAACGAGGCACCCACCGCCAAAGUUAACAAGGCACCCACCGCCAAAGUUAACGAGGCACCCACCGCCAGUGUUAACGAGGCACCCACCGCCAGGGUUAACGAGGUACUCACCGCCAAAGUUAACGAGGCACCCACCGCCAGGGUUAACGAGGCACCCACCGCCAAAGUUAACGAGGCACCCACCGCCAAAGUUAACGUGGCACCCACUGCCAGAUUUAACGAGGCAAUCGCGGCCAGAGUUAACGAGGCACCCACCGCCAGUGUUAACGAGGCACUCACCGCCAGGGUUUAA